AUGACAAUGGCUUUUUCUAACGAUUAUAUACUCGAUAGUGAACGAAUCGUUGAUGUUAAACAACAUGAAGACUAUCUUUUCUGUCCUAUCUGCCGAAAUCCAUUAUGGAAGCCCGUAUCAUGUAAAACAUGCGAGAAAAGCUUUUGUAAACGUUGCAUCGAUGAGUGGUUACGCUCGCAAAAUGCAGUACAGAAGCGAUGUCCAUCAAGUAAUUGUCUCUAUAUAGAAAAACGUUGUUCACCGUUACUGAAUUCACUCUUAUCGCGAGUGCUUGCACGAUGUCAAUAUAGCAACUUUGGCUGCCAACAAAUAGUUUUGUAUGAUUCAUUAGUAAAACAUGAAGAUGAAUGUGAAUAUCGUGCAGGUAAAUGUCGUGGAUGUAAGAAAGAAUUAUUGGAGAAAGAUGUUAAAUUACAUGAGCAAAACUGUGAACAGAUACUCAUUCAUUGUGAGCUAUGUCAUUGCAACAUUAAACAAUCAACCUUAAAACUUCAUUUUAUCGAAUGUUCUAAAAAACAAUUAAAACUGGUGAAAAAUGAUUUAACUCGGGAACUAAAAAAAAAUGAGACAGAAUUACGUCAAACUAUAACAUCGAUGGAUAAUGACAAUCGGACAACGUUAAAGAAAUUUGAAUCAGACAUGAAAGUAUUAGAAAACACCAUAAGUUGGACACACAGUACAUUAUUAGCAAGAUUAGACACAGUUGGUAACCAACUUGAACUAUUGCACGAAAGUAAUACUUUUAGUUUACAAGAAAUUGAUAAUAUUAAUUCAAGUAUAAAAGCAUUAGAAGAGCAAAUAAAAUGGAACAAGGCAACGUUUGCUACUUUAGAAUAUAAAUAUAAUCAGCAGGAACAAGCAAAAAAUGAUAUCCAGAGCAAACUAUUAGAGAUGCAAGAGAGAAUUGACAUGUUACAAAAUCAACAAAAACAAUCGAAAGCUAUUCACGAAUCAUUACGGUAUAUAAUUAAAACCAUAUUCAUACUCAUGUUUCUGAUAAUAUCUAUAAUAUUAUUUGCUACUGUCAUAUAUUUCAGUACAACAAUAAUAGUAGGAUGUGUAAUUACUACUUUCGUUUUACUGAUGCUUUGGGCAGGACUUUCCGACGAUGUAGUAUCCAACUAUUUAUCAAACUUUAUCGAACAAAUUUUAGCAAAGUAUUUUGAAUUUUACAACAUUAACUAAAAACGCGUUUUCUUUGUGUCGAAGUGCUAUAUCGAAGUAUGCAGAAUACAAUAACACAUAUAGGACUUGUAAAUCUAAAAAACGAAAUCCUGUAUAUUUCUCAUAUUAUUUACAAAAUAGAACUGACGAGGAAUGAUCCCCAACUGAUAAAUCGCUUUUUCAACGAAACCGACUGGACUAUAGGUAGUCGACGAUGCUGAUUCCGAAUACCACCAUGAAUGCUGCCGCUAGGCCUUCAAAGACCGGU